CUGACGUAGGGCACAAGCGUUGUUUGGGAGGCGGAAGUGAAAGAAGACAAGGGAGAACUAAGUAGUUAGCUGGUUGGGUGGCUUGUAGGUAGGCAAGCCUUAAGGCAAGUGCCAAAUUUAAACACUAUUUGUAGAUAAAUUACCUCGUGAAUUUACGACACGGUUUUUGUUGGUGUCGACGUCAGAAACUUUUCUGAGAAUCUCAAACGGGACAUUGCCAAAUCAACGCUAGCUAACGUAACGCCUAGUUAGCAACUGACGCUAGCUGCGCUGCACAACAACGGCUAGUUUUCUCGCAGCCGGCUUCGAUACGGUCAGCAAGUCUCCUCUACCGUGUGUUACGAGCUGAAACUGUGGAAAAAUGACAUCCAGGAAGAAAGUGCUCCUGAAAGUCAUCAUCCUGGGAGAUUCAGGUGUUGGGAAGACCUCCUUAAUGAACCAGUAUGUGAACAAGAAGUUUAGUAACCAGUACAAAGCCACAAUAGGAGCAGACUUCCUGACGAAGGAGGUGAUGGUGGACGACCGACUCGUUACAAUGCAGAUCUGGGACACAGCUGGCCAGGAGAGGUUCCAGUCUUUGGGUGUUGCGUUCUACCGUGGAGCAGACUGCUGUGUGCUGGUGUUUGAUGUGACUGCGCCCAAUACAUUCAAAACACUUGACAGCUGGAGGGAUGAGUUUCUGAUCCAGGCCAGUCCUCGAGAUCCUGAGAACUUCCCGUUUGUGGUGCUAGGCAACAAGAUUGACUUGGAGAACAGACAGGUGACCACCAAAAGGGCUCAAGCCUGGUGUCAAAGUAAGAACAACAUCCCCUACUUUGAGACCAGUGCGAAGGAAGCCAUAAAUGUAGAACAGGCAUUUCAGACAAUCGCACGUAAUGCACUCAAACAGGAGACAGAGGUGGAGUUGUAUAAUGACUUCCCAGGGCCCAUAAAGCUGGGAGGGAAUGAAGGACCUAAACCCGCAACAGAAAGCUGCAGCUGCUAAGAGAAAACUUGGACCAUCUUCUCUCUUGGCUUUUUGGAAACGCCCUGUCACUGGUUACAUCACCUCCACCUCGCUUCCAGGGAAGGGAAUUCCCUACUGGUCUUCCUCCUCCAUGCCAUUGUUCAUUCCACUGACACGACCCUUCGCACAAUGUGCUGCACAUGGAUGUGUCCCCCUCACAAUUAAUACACAAAUUAAUACACUAGUGUUCUCUUGUAAAAUAUGUUGACGAGUCCAGCGCCCAAAGAUCACACAAGAGAAAAAUGACACCCCCCAGCCCCACUCUGACCUCACGGUCCCUGACUUGAUCUCCUGUGAGUGAUCUCCUGUCCCAGCAACCCAUUUGUGCAGAUGAUGCCCGACAUUCAUGCUAAGGGGACAAGAUGGAGCCAUUUUCAGAGUGCAAUUGGGAACUCUAGAUGUCCUAGCUGAUUAUCUUUAAUGUGAGGAGAUGUUGGCUAAUGUCAGCAUCCCAAGUUUCGCAUUCUCUGAUUUCUCUUUUGCUUUCUUUUGCCUAUCUGUCAAUGAAUAAUCUUGCUGAACUAUAUAUACAGAUGCAUUAAUUGGCUGAUGAUGUUUUUGAAGCCAAUCUGAAACACUUUCUUCUUUCUUUUUGCACUUUGUCUGUUUGUUUUUUUUUGCCUUUAAAAAUUAUACAGGGAUGACUGGUUUUUGGGCAACGUCUGCUGCCAGAUGCCUUUCAAAUUAGAAUUCCUCACUCUUUCCUUUUUUGAUAUGUCCUGAGAAUUUGUUGAACACUCUGGUAGAUUAUCUUUGCCUUUGCCCUUCAAGAUUGUGCUUAAAGGGUUUAUAACUGCCUAAACAGCACAGUAGAAAUGUUGUUAAGUAGACUCAAAGUAAAAGCUGCGUCUACUUAAUAAGUCAGUGUAGAACAUGGAUUAAUUGUCCCUGAUAUAUUAAUAUUUGCCUUUUGUGUAACAUUACUUGUACUGCUACUAUUACUGCUGUAUAUGUUCUGUCCUUUCAUCAGACGUCUUUCAUCGCUAUAGAAUUACAAUAUGCAUCACCAACACAGCUUACACCUGUCUUCUGUCAUGUCUUUGUUAUUGCUGUUCUAUCUAUCUGCUUGUAGCUCAGGUUGGCUAAGUACUUAAUAUUUUUAACGGAUUGUGUAUUACAGUGUAUAGAUGGUGAAGGUAUAAUGGACUGAAAUCAAAUGGAUAUUCUAUCUUUCCAUUUAAUGAAAAUAUCCAGUUAUCUGUCCUGGUAGUACUCCUCCUUAUAAGAACAAAAUUACUGCAAUGCAAACAUUGUUGUCAAAGAAAAUUCGGACAUCAAAUAAUAAAACUCUUGACUAUA